UUGGUCGGCGUGGCGUCCAGCUGGAGGGAGGGAGUCAAAGCGCGCGCCCCCGCCCCGGACCCGGACCCACGCCUCACGCCUCACUCGGAGGGCGGCAAGAAGAAGGAAGGAAGGAAGGAAGGAAGGAAGGAAGGGGAGAAGGCCUCGCACCCCGCCAUGAGCACCCUGCCCCCCAAGGAGAGCGAGCACAGCGGCGGAAGCAGCGAGGAGGAGGUACGGACACUCUUUGUCAGUGGCCUUCCCGUGGACAUCAAACCCAGAGAACUUUACCUGCUUUUCCGGCCAUUCAAGGGUUAUGAAGGAUCGCUGAUCAAACUAACAUCAAAACAGCCGGUAGGUUUUGUUACCUUCGACAGCCGGUCUGGUGCGGAAGCUGCAAAGAAUGCAUUGAAUGGCAUCCGCUUCGACCCGGAGAACCCCCAGACGCUGCGGUUAGAGUUUGCUAAAGCCAACACCAAGAUGGCCAAAAGCAAGCUGAUGGCCACACCGAACCCCACUAACCUCCACCCUGCACUCGGAGCGCACUUCAUUGCACGGGACCCUUAUGACCUGACUGGAGCAGCCCUGAUCCCGGCAUCUCCAGAGGCCUGGGCCCCCUACCCACUCUACACCACGGAGUUGACCCCUGCCAUCCCACAUGCCGCUUUCACGUAUCCAGCCGCCGCCGCAGCCGCUGCCGCCCUUCACGCUCAGAUGCGCUGGUAUCCUCCGUCCGAAGCCACCCAACAAGGAUGGAAGUCUCGUCAAUUCUGUUAGUUUUAACUCGCCUCUUGGCCCACAUUCCCCUCCUUGUCUCUCCGCGGAGCGAUGUGCCAGGGAUGAAGUAGUCUGUGGAUCGCUGGAAACCUUCCCUCCAACCCCUUCCUGUGGACGCCGGCAAGGUGCCCAAUUGCAGUAACGCUCCCUUUUUUGUGACCGACUCCGUGGGCUUCCCGUCCGUCCGAGACUGUGAACGGCCUCUUUCCCAACCCCCUCGGCUGCAUGGUCUGUGUCGCUCUUGCUUGCUCGCUUGCUUGCCUGCCUGCCUCCCUUUACUAACCCCCUCCCAUUGCUGCGUUUCCCCUUCUUUUGGAGAGACCAGUUCUCCACGAGAGACCCCUUUUGUGUCCCCAGCCGAGGCGCUGGCGUGAAACGUGGUCUAGCCGUGUACAGUGCAAUAUCCAAGCCUUUCCUCUCCUAAACCUUGUUGAUGCAGCUCCGCCGACGACGGUAGCGAAAGACGAUCGGUUUUGCAUGUUUUUCUGGCAUGAAUUUAAAACACUUUAAAACUCGGUGGGUGUGUGCGUGUGUGAGUGUGCAAAGCUUGUUUUUGUUCUGGCGUUUGUGUCACCAUAGCAGCGGGUUUUGGCCUAGCUAUUGAUCACUGAAGUUUUUUUCCCAUCUUGCUUCUGUGAAGACUUGGCUUCUAAAAAACACUAUCCUAGUUUGGCCCUGUCCUGGUUUUUUCCCUUUCAGCCUUCUCAUUUUCUUCUUUGACUCGACUUUCCUUCUCCAAAAGUACAAUGCACUGGGUUCCUUGUCCAUUUCCCCCUUCUCCUCUUCCAGUUCAAGUCAGGGUUGUGUUUUGUUUUUCCUGUCAAGCUUCUAUAUAUAGAACAUCUGUAAAAUAUUUGACCUUUUUUUCCCUCCACAUCCCUCUGAUUGGAGAGAAUCCAGUCUUGCCAAAUAAUCAGCCAUCCUUAUGGGAAUAUCGAACAAAGAUGUACGAGUAUUUUUGUACCAUGUGUAAUAAGGAAAUAUUUAUGCAUCAUAAAAAAAAAGAUUUUGUGUGGUUUUGUGCAAUUAAUUAUUAUUAUUAUUAUUAAAGAGAAACUGUAAUCUGUAAGAUAAGUUUAAUGUUCAGUUUAAAAGCUUGAAGAGAGAAAAAAAGACUUUUUUUCUGUAACUGAUUCAGUCAGGCAUAGUAACAAGAAAUUGUGCAAUUUUUCGUUGACAUUUUAUUGCUUGGUAUUUGGAAGUGCUUUAAGUAUUAUAUUGGACCAUGGCUGUCUCACUUGUAUUAAAAUUCUUGAGAAUAAGUUGCUAUAUCCUAUGAGAAUGUGAAACUGGAUAAUAUAUGAAUUGUACUCA